GCGAGAGCCUGCACCCGCGCCGCCGCUGACAGGAGGACCGCCGAGGGCUGCGCUAGCCGCCGGGAGGCCCCGCCGCGCCUUUCCCGGACGCAGACCCACAGCGGGUGUCGGAGCGCAGCGAGGUGCUCUGGGAUCGCGGGCGGCGCCGGCGGGCGGCGCGGUCCUCACAGGAGACCCCGGGGACUCGGGCUUGACCCCGAGGUGCAGCGAACCCCCCUCAGAGCGGCAGAAGUUUCUGCCAAAAUACAUUAUUCGAUUCUACUUUUUUUUUCUCAGAAGAGGUAUCAAGUGGAGAUGUUUUGGAGCACAGCAUAUAACCCUCCUUCUGCCACUUUACAACUCACAAGUUGCAACUCUUCUGACACUCACUUCCACAAGCAAAUCUCAGGUCUUUCUCAAGUUUUGUGAAUACUAGAAUAGCACAACCAUGUUUCGGAAUAGUCUCAAGAUGCUUCUUACUGGAGGGAAAUCAAGUCGUAAGAACAGAUCAAGUGAUGGAGGGAACGAGGAAGCACCGGAUCGAAGACAGUCAAGUGUAGACUCUCGCCAAAGCCGCUCUGGGCAAGGUGGCAUCUCCACAGAAAGCGACUGUGCUUUUGAGCCAGACUACGCCGUCCCACCACUUCCAGUGAGUGAAGGUAUGCAGCACAUUCGGAUUAUGGAGGGCAUGUCUCGCUCUCUUCCAUCCUCCCCCUUACUCACACAUCAGUCUAUCAGUGUUCGGCUCCAACCUGUGAAGAAGUUAACUGCCCCUCUGAGGAAGGCAAAGUUUGUUGAGAGCCCACGAAUUCCAGAAUCCGAGCUUGGCUCACCAACCCUCACUUCAGCUCAGAAACUGGACGUGGAUGCAUACUGCCCUGGUGAUGCUGAACAAGAACUUGGUCCCCCUCCCUCGGUAGAUGAGGCAGCAAACACACUCAUGACUCGUCUGGGUUUCCUCCUUGGAGAGAAGGUCGCGGAAGUUCAGCCAGGUGACCAAUACAACAUGGAAGUACAGGAUGAAAAUCAGACCUCAGCAAUCACCCAGAGGAUAAGUCCCUGUUCCACCUUGACUAGCAGCACUGCCUCUCCACCAGCCAGUAGCCCCUGCUCCACUCUCCCGCAAGUCAGUACAAAUGCAACUGCCAAGGAUGGCAGCUAUGGGGCUGUCACUAGUCCAACCUCCACCCUUGAAAGCAGAGAUAGCGGUAUCAUUGCUACCUUGACAAGCUAUUCUGAAAACAUGGAACGCACAAAAUACGUUGGGGAAAGCAGUAAAGAAUUAGGAUCUGGAGGAAACCUAAAGCCUUGGCAGUCUCAAAAAUCCAGCAUGGAUUCCUGUUUAUAUCGAGUAGAUGAAAACAUGACGGCUUCCACCUAUAGUCUGAAUAAGAUCCCAGAGAGGAAUUUGGAAACAGUUUUAUCACAGUCAGUACAGUCUAUUCCUCUUUAUCUUAUGCCACGGCCAAAUUCAGUAGCAGCCACAAGCUCCACCCACUUGGAGGACCUCGCUUACCUGGAUGAGCAGAGACAUACACCUUUGAGAACUUCUCUUCGAAUGCCAAGACAGAGCAUGGCCGGUGCUCGCACACAACAGGAUUUAAGAGUUCGCUUUGCACCUUAUAGGCCUCCAGAUAUCUCCCUGAAGCCACUGCUCUUUGAAGUGCCCAGCAUCACUACAGAGUCAGUGUUUGUUGGCCGGGAUUGGGUUUUCCACGAAAUGGAUGCUCAACUUCAAAGUUCAAAUGCCAGCGUGAACCAAGGAGUAGUGAUCGUGGGAAACAUUGGGUUCGGCAAAACCGCCAUCGUCUCCAGACUGGUGGCCCUCAGCUGCCAUGGAACACGGAUGAGACAGAUCGCCUCAGACAGCCCACAUGCCUCCCCCAAACAUGUGGAUGCCAACAGAGAGCUGCCACUCACACAGCCACCUUCAGCCCACUCAUCCAUCACCAGUGGAAGCUGCCCAGGAACUCCAGAAAUGCGGAGGCGGCAGGAGGAGGCCAUGCGGAGACUAGCCUCACAGGUGGUUGCCUAUCACUAUUGCCAAGCAGAUAAUGCCUACACCUGCCUGGUGCCGGAAUUCGUCCACAAUGUUGCUGCCCUGCUCUGCCGCUCACCGCAGCUGGCGGCCUAUCGGGAGCAGCUUCUCCGGGAGCCUCACCUACAGAGCAUGCUGAGCCUUCGGUCCUGUGUUCAAGAUCCCAUGGCCUCUUUCCGGAGGGGAGUGCUGGAGCCCCUGGAGAAUCUCCACAAAGAGAGAAAAAUCCCAGAUGAAGAUUUCAUCAUCUUAAUUGAUGGAUUAAAUGAAGCAGAAUUUCACAAACCGGAUUAUGGGGAUACAAUUGUAUCAUUUCUGAGUAAAAUGAUUGGAAAAUUUCCUUCCUGGCUCAAACUAAUUGUAACAGUUAGGACCAGUUUACAGGAAAUUACCAAGCUGCUGCCUUUCCAUAGGAUUUUUUUGGAUCGACUAGAAGAGAAUGAAGCCAUAGACCAGGACCUGCAGGCUUACAUCCUGCACCGGAUACACAGCAGCUCAGAGAUCCAGAAUAACAUUUCACUUAAUGGCAAAAUGGACAAUACUACAUUUGGCAAACUCAGUUCUCAUCUCAAGACACUCAGUCAAGGGUCCUAUCUAUACCUGAAACUCACAUUUGACCUCAUAGAGAAAGGCUAUCUAGUGUUAAAGAGCUCUAGCUACAAAGUAGUUCCUGUUUCGCUCUCUGAGGUUUACUUACUCCAGUGCAAUAUGAAGUUCCCAACCCAGUCUUCCUUUGACCGGGUGAUGCCUCUUCUGAAUGUGGCAGUGGCCUCUCUCCACCCACUGACUGAUGAACAUAUCUUCCAAGCCAUCAAUGCUGGCAGCAUUGAAGGCACACUAGAAUGGGAGGAUUUUCAGCAGAGAAUGGAGAACCUCUCCAUGUUCCUAAUCAAGCGCAGAGACAUGACUCGUAUGUUUGUACAUCCUUCUUUUCGAGAAUGGCUUAUCUGGAGAGAAGAAGGAGAGAAAACCAAAUUUCUCUGUGAUCCCAGGAGUGGUCACACAUUACUUGCCUUCUGGUUUUCCCGCCAAGAGGGAAAACUAAACCGACAGCAGACAAUUGAACUGGGACAUCACAUCCUCAAAGCACACAUUUUUAAGGGUUUGAGUAAAAAAGUUGGAGUAUCAUCCUCCAUCCUCCAAGGUCUCUGGAUCUCCUAUAGCACAGAGGGUCUUUCCAUGGCAUUGGCAUCUUUACGAAAUCUCUAUACUCCAAAUAUAAAGGUCAGCCGACUGCUGAUUUUGGGAGGUGCCAACAUUAAUUACCGGACAGAGGUUUUAAAUAAUGCUCCAAUUCUAUGCGUCCAGUGUCAUCUUGGUUACACAGAAAUGGUGGCCCUGCUGUUGGAGUUUGGGGCCAACGUGGAUGCCUCCUCGGAAAGCGGCCUGACUCCUCUGGGCUAUGCUGCAGCCGCAGGCUUCCUAAGCAUUGUCGUGCUGCUGUGCAAGAAACGGGCCAAGGUGGAUCACUUGGAUAAGAAUGGGCAGUGUGCCUUGGUCCAUGCUGCACUCCGAGGUCAUCUGGAGGUUGUCAAGUUUUUGAUUCAGUGUGACUGGACAAUGGCGGGCCAGCAGCAAGGGGUGUUUAAGAAGAGCCACGCCAUCCAGCAGGCCCUCAUCGCUGCAGCCAGCAUGGGUUAUACUGAGAUUGUCUCCUACCUACUUGAUCUUCCGGAAAAAGAUGAGGAGGAGGUGGAGCGAGCACAGAUCAACAGCUUUGACAGUCUCUGGGGAGAGACAGCCCUGACAGCUGCAGCCGGAAGGGGCAAACUGGAGGUGUGUCGUCUGCUCCUGGAACAGGGGGCGGCAGUGGCCCAGCCAAACCGCCGAGGGGCAGUACCCUUAUUCAGCACCGUUCGCCAAGGCCACUGGCAGAUUGUUGAUCUUUUACUCACCCAUGGAGCUGAUGUCAACAUGGCGGACAAGCAGGGCCGUACUCCCCUGAUGAUGGCGGCUUCCGAAGGCCACCUGGGAACUGUGGACUUUCUCCUUGCUCAAGGUGCCUCCAUCGCGCUAAUGGACAAAGAAGGAUUGACAGCCCUCAGCUGGGCUUGUUUGAAGGGUCAUCUCUCAGUAGUACGUUCUCUGGUGGAUAAUGGAGCUGCCACAGACCAUGCUGACAAGAAUGGCCGCACCCCACUGGAUCUGGCGGCUUUCUAUGGUGAUGCUGAGGUGGUCCAGUUCCUGGUGGAUCAUGGGGCCAUGAUCGAGCACGUUGACUACAGUGGAAUGCGCCCUUUGGAUAGGGCAGUGGGGUGCCGGAACACUUCUGUUGUUGUCACUCUUCUGAAGAAAGGAGCCAAGAUAGGUUGUCAGACGUUACCGAGUCGCCCACGAGGUCCAGCCACAUGGGCGAUGGCCACCUCCAAACCAGACAUCAUGAUCAUCCUGCUGAGCAAGCUGAUGGAAGAGGGGGACAUGUUUUAUAAGAAAGGGAAAGUAAAGGAAGCUGCCCAGCGCUACCAGUACGCUCUGAAGAAAUUCCCUAGAGAAGGGUUUGGUGAGGACUUGAAAACCUUCCGGGAACUAAAAGUGUCUCUCCUCCUCAACCUCUCUCGAUGUCGCAGGAAAAUGAACGAUUUUGGAAUGGCGGAGGAAUUUGCUACUAAGGCCCUGGAGCUGAAACCGAAAUCUUAUGAAGCUUACUAUGCAAGAGCAAGGGCAAAACGCAGCAGCAGACAGUUUGCAGCAGCCUUAGAGGACCUGAACGAGGCCAUCAAGCUGUGUCCAAACAACCGUGAGAUCCAGAGACUUCUGCUGAGAGUGGAGGAAGAGUGUCGACAGAUGCAGCAACAGCCGCCGGCGGCACAGCAGCAGCCUCAGCAGCAGUUACCGGAAGAAACAGAACCCGAACCCCAGCAUGAAGAUAUCUACUCCGUGCAGGACAUACUCGAGGAGGAGUUCUUGGAACAAGAUGUUGAGAAUGUGUCCAUCGGCCUCCAGACGGAGGCUCGGCCCAGCCAGGGGCUCCCGAUAAUCCAGAGCCCGCCCUCCUCCCCGGCCCACCGUGACGCGGCCUACAUCUCCAGCUCACCUCUUGGCUCUCAUCAGGUUUUUGACUUCCGGUCCGGUAGUUCUGUAGGUUCUCCCACUAGGCAGAGCUAUCAGUCCACCUCACCUGCUCUUUCUCCGACUCACCAGAACUCGCAUUACAGGCCUAGUCCCCCGCAUACUUCCCCAGCUCAUCAGGGAGGAUCUUACCGCUUCAGCCCUCCUCCUGUGGGAGGGCAGGGCAAGGAAUACCCGAGCCCUCCCCCGUCCCCUCUCCGCAGAGGCCCUCAGUAUCGGGCCAGCCCUCCAGCGGAAAGCAUGAGUGUCUAUAGAUCCCAGUCAGGCUCCCCUGUGCGCUAUCAGCAAGAAACAAACGUUAGUCAGCUUCCUGGCAGACCGAAAUCUCCAUUAUCCAAGAUGGCCCAGCGGCCCUACCAGAUGCCCCAGCUUCCUGUGGCAGUGCCCCAGCAAGGGCUCAGGCUCCAGCCGGCCAAAGCCCAGAUUGUGAGAAGCAACCAGCCCAGCUCAGCAGUUCAUUCGAGCACUGUCAUCUCCACAGGGGCCUAUGGCCAAGUGGCCCAUUCGAUGGCUGGUAAAUACCAGUCUUCACAAGGAGACAUAGGAGUAAGUCAGAGCCGGCUGGUUUAUCAAGGGUCAAUCGGGGGGAUUGUAGGGGAUGGGAGACCCGUGCAGCAUGUGCAGGCCAGCCUGAGUGCAGGCGCCAUCUGUCAGCAUGGAGGGUUGACCAAAGAAGACCUUCCCCAGCGACCUUCCUCCGCCUAUCGAGGUGGCGUGAGAUACAGCCAGACGCCACAGAUUGGGCGUAGCCAGUCCGCAUCCUAUUACCCAGUCUGUCACUCAAAACUAGAUCUGGAGCGUUCCUCCAGCCAACUAGGUUCCCCCGAUGUGUCACAUUUAAUCAGAAGACCUAUUAGUGUCAACCCUAAUGAAAUCAAACCCCACCCACCAACUCCCAGGCCAUUGCUGCACUCUCAAAGCGUAGGCCUUCGUUUCUCUCCAUCUAGCAACAGUAUCUCAUCCGCCUCCAACCUAACUCCUACCUUCCGGCCAUCUUCCUCGAUUCAACAAAUGGAGAUCCCACUGAAACCGGCAUACGAUAGGUCAUGUGACGAGCUGUCGCCAGUGUCUCCCACUCAGGGAGGUUACCCUAGUGAGCCCACCCGAUCCAGGACCACACCAUUCAUGGGGAUCAUAGAUAAAACAGCCCGGACUCAACAGUACCCCCACCUUCACCAGCAGAAUCGGACCUGGGCAGUGUCAUCAGUGGAUACCGUUCUCAGUCCUACGUCUCCAGGCAACCUGCCUCAGCCUGAGUCCUUCAGUCCGCCGUCAUCCAUCAGCAACAUUGCCUUUUAUAACAAAACCAACAAUGCACAGAACGGCCAUUUGCUGGAGGACGAUUACUACAGCCCCCACGGGAUGCUGGCUAACGGGUCGCGCGGAGACCUGCUGGAGAGAGUUAGCCAGGCCUCCUCGUACCCCGACGUGAAGGUGGCUCGGACCCUCCCUGUGGCUCAGGCGUACCAGGACAACCUGCACAGGCAGCUGUCCCGGGACUCUCGACAUGGGCAGACGUCCCCUAUCAAACCAAAGAGACCAUUUGUGGAGUCUAAUGUUUAAAAGACGUGUGUUGGAGUGAGACCCCUAUGUGUUCACUGCACAUUUUCAGGCUUGGUUUCCACAUUCGAGGUAGUUCUCUGGCUUAAUUUCUCAUGUAGUUUCCGCGUGGUGUUCAGAGGUGGCAGCCCACAUGCCGAAAUCCUUUGCAUGCAGCCAACUGGGAAGCUGUCCUCCGGGGAGCCAGGACUUGGGUUUCUUUUGUCUGUACCCUAGCCACACGCCCUCUCCCUCUCUUCAGAUGCCAACGAGGAGAUUGUUGUGCCGUGUGCUUUAACCCAGGGAGAUCAGACACACUGGUCAGCUUUUUCCAGGAGACAAUCGCUUUCACUGAUGUUCUUGUUGUGUAAAAUGUCUUUCUCCUUUUUUACAAAAAUAAGAUGUUCUUGUUCGUUUUCUUCUAGGAACUUUAGAAAGAGUGUGAUGCCCCUUUGCCUUUGCAUUCUUAUCCAGUGUUAUCCAAAUAGCAGCCCCAGUGCAUUCUUGUGCCAUGGUCUCCUCCCCUGGACCGCCAGCUCCCUGCCGCCAUCAGGUCUAGAAUGUUCGUUUAGAUUAUCGCUGGUCUUCCUAUGGGGGUAAAGGAUCAAGGAGAAAGAGAAGAAAUAAGAAAGCACCUAUACAGUUAUUUGAAAUGUCACUACAUGGAUUUCCCAAGAGGCAUUUUAGGAACAUUCAGAAAACAACCAGCCCUUUAAAUAUUUCAAUCAGCCGAGGAAAUUGGAUGAGAAUCAUGCAUAUUUUUAAAUAAUUCACUGAGUUUUUCUUUACGUUUUUAGCCAAAUUAACCAUUAAAAGCUACCGAUUUUCCAUGGGUGGGGGAGAGAAUAAAUAAAUACAUAGAGAGAGAGAGAAAGACUGUUCUGGAUUCUCAGUGAAAGGCUGUAGAAAAUCUGUCUUGGAGAAAUCUACUUUUUGGGUUCUGAUAACAUCACCGAGCAUCAUAUUCCACAAAAAGCAUACUCUUCCGGAGGUUAACUGGUGCAGUAAUCCUGUUAAGUUGGAUCUUUGCCUAGAGCCAGAUUUUGUUCUACUUUUUUUUUUUUUUAAACCCAGAUGGUAUAGUGAAGAAUUGAUUUUGGGGGAAGGAAGUUGAAUUCUCUGGGGACGGUAAGACUUAUUCCCAGAGCUUGCACCCAGGGCCAUUGCAUUCCAUGGCAAAUGUUGUCUAACUCCAUUUCAAGAUCUAUUGUUUCAUUAUCUAUUAUUACAGGAAUUGUUUACUCUUUUCUUUUUCUAGGUAGGAGUGUUUGGGGAUUGAUAUUUAAAAGCCAGGCACAGCAAAGUGUUUCAGGGUGAAGAAAGACCCCUUUCAGCCCUGGGUAGGAGCACAUAAGGUAGACAGCAAGUCUUCUGAUCCAGUCACCCUCCAGACCUCUCCUGUGUCUGGUGGUCCUUUGCUAACCGGUCCUUUGAGUGACUGAGGCCAGCAUGAGAUGGACGGCAAGAACACUGAAAUCAAAGCCUUAGCACAGGCCUGGUAGCGACUGCACAUCAGCUCUUAAAAUUAACAAACUAAACAACUAAAACUAAACAAAAGAGAAUUCGGUCGCUGUUACCAGGAAUCAUUCUGCUCUUGUUAGUAAAGGGCUACAGGAAGGGAGGUUUCCUGAAUAAAAAUCCAGAUGCGACCAGACCUGUUUGUAAUAGUAAGUGUCCUCGGAAAGAAUCGUUAAGACAUGGGGAGCAUGAAGCUGAAAUCAGAAACACUUCUUUACUAACUUAGAUUCUGCCAGAUAGAUGAACCCCUCCACCCCCAAGCCUGAAACAGGCCAGGAUGUGUGUCCUGUGCUAGAAGUAAACAGCAAGGCUAACUCAAGACCCAGCCUCUGUCCACUCUCUCUGAUGCUUAAGGACUAUCUCCCACUCACCUAGCCCAGAGUGGGCAUCAGUGUCUCUUCUCUCUUUCUGUCUCAUCGAUAAGGUGAAAUGUGGGCUUCCCUGGUGGCGCAGUGGUUGAGAGUCCGCCUGCCGAUGCAGGGGACACGGGUUCGUGUCUCGGUCCGGGAGGAUCCCGCAUGCCGCGGAGCGGCUGGGCCCGUGAGCCAUGGCCGCUGAACCUGCGCGUCCGGAGCCUGUGCUCCGCAACGGGAGAGGCCACAACAGUAAGAGGCCCGUGUACGGCAAAAAAAAAAAAAAAAAAAAAGUAGGUGAAAUGUACAGCUAUAUAGCAUCAGCCUACAGCCAGGAGCCCAGCAGCCUCUCAGCUUUUUUUGUCCAGGUCUCAGCCCUGUUGGGUUCUUUGCACCUUACCCUUUUUAACUACUACUCACUGAGGAGCUGCUGCUACAUUGUGAAAAUUUCUCAGUGUUUAUUAGAAAAGUGCCCCUUGUUUAUUUGGAACACCACACAUACCACCUGCACUCACCUAAGUGGGCGAGCAGGUGCUGUAGUUUUACAAAUACACCACUGAUGCCACUUCUCCCAAGCGUGUCUCUUAGAAUUUUCUAGGACAGACAGAUUUAGGGUCCAUGCCUUACUGGACAAAACACCUAAACUGUCAACAGUCAAGAUGCAAUUCUUUUUUAGCUAUUGUAAGAGGGAGUGACUGUCACUACUGGGCGCCGGUUGUUUUUGACUAAAAAUUGCCAACUGGACCUUAUUGGAGCAGGAGACAAAGUUUUUCCUUGUAAGCAGACUGCCUGUGCCCUGUUUUGCUACAUCACUGCCACGGGAUGAUCUCAGUGCUGUACCUUAGAGAUGCCUCCUCCCAGAGCAGCCCUUGCUGAAUCAGUGUCUGGCUUCAGGUGGGGGGGGGGGGAUUUUUCACAUGAAACCGUUAAGUUCUACUCAUCCAAUUCACAUCGCCCUGAAAUGGAGACGGUGGUGACAGACUUCAGCUUACAGGUUUCUCACCAAAUCCUACCUUCCGUUCACCCAGAAUUCUUGCACUAAUGGGUUUCCAUCACAUCAUGUCUUUAAAUGGGUGCACUUUAUUGUUUGAAUUUGUAACUCUGAUAAAUACUGGAUAUUUAAGUGUGAGUAAUGUCUUCAUUAGAAAAUAGCAAAACCGCCCUUGUCUUUUAGUGUAUUUUUCAAGGGAAAAAAAAAAAAGGAAAAGAAA